AUGAUGAAUGAUAAACCAAUAAGAAUGAAAGAUUCAGCAAAACCAUUGACAAAUAUAGGUCUUGUUUAUCAUCGAAAAGGGCAAUACGAUCGUGCAUAUGAGUUAUAUAUGAAAUCUUUAGCAAUAUAUAAUAUAUAUUAUGAAAGAGAACAUAUAAAAUCAACCAAAAUACUUAUGAAUAUUGAUAACAUAUAUACAGAAACUCGAAAGUAUAAUGACGCAUUGCAAUAUUAUCACAAAGUUCUACAAAUUCAAGAACAAUAUUUACCAGCCUAUCAUAUUGAUAUUGCUAUGACAUUGAACAAUAUUGCAGUCAUUUAUCAUAAAUUGAAUGAUCUUGAUCGUGCAUUAGAGUAUUAUGAACAGUCAUUGAAUAUGAAACGAAAAAUACUUCCACUCGAUCACAAAGAUAUUAUUGUGACCAUAAAUAAUAUUACAAAGAUAAAUAAAAGAAAAUAUCAUCUUCAAUUUGCAGCCAAUGCCCAACCUGUGGAAAAAUCCCAGGUUCAACAUGAGCUUCAAUACACACCAUUGAACUAUGAAAUUACUUGUUAUAAGUUUCUUUAUCCAGACAACUUGAAAGAGAGACCUGAACUUGACCACAUGGUAAUCCGCAGUAUUCCGCCCAAUAACUCAAAUCUUGAGCUUGACUACGUAGUAGUCCAGAGUGAUGGGAACAACAAUAAAAAUGUUGAAUUCGACUGCGAAACGGAAGAAAGUAGUAUGAGCGAUGAAGAUAGUUCUGAACCUCACUAUGCAACGUCAUUAAGGCAACGGCACAAAAGUCCGGAACUUGAACCUUAA